AUGGCCGAAUAUCAGACCCUAAAUGCAGCUUAUGAAAUUGGGAUAUCUUCGCUGGUUAGCGCUGAAGAUCUUGCCGAUCCGUCGUCGGAUCAUUUAGGUAUAAUGGCGUUGGCUGCAGCCUUAAUUUCUUUGAUACCUGAAACUAGUCCAACAGUAAAUUUAGAUUUAGCGUUCACCGAGGAUAGCGAAAUUCGGGUUGAUGAAUUGGAUGUUGUCGUGAUCGGCCCUGACGGUACAGCGUUUGAUCAAAAAACUAUGCAGCUAUGUAAAAGUCGUACGGUUAAUGGUGCUGUUCUGUCGGUGAUACCAACUGAAGUUGGUUUUCAUAAGCAAAAUGAUGUCGCCUGUGUGAUGAGACGAAAAUAA